UUAUGGAGGCAAAUCGAAAUUUCAAAACGUUUCCGAAUUUCCAAUCUUCAAUUCGAACGUAACAGCAACCACACAUAAAAUCAAUUCAAAGUUUCAAUCACUUUCUCCUUCCCUCUCUCUUUGAUUUUUCAAUGACCAAAAUCAGCCACCGUAGCUGAAUCUGAGAAAUUAAGGUAAAUUCCCAAAACCCAAAAUCAGUUCCCGCCGAGUUUUUCGGCGCCACCUCAAUUCAGCUCAGUCUGUGCUCGCACUAAGAUGAUCGAUUGCGCUUUGUGCAUUUUAAUCGAUUGGGAGCUGGCCACAAAGACUUGUCUUUUUUUUUUCUGGUGAGAUUUGAAUUGCAGCUUUUAAUCAUGGGGUUCUCGAAUGUGCUAUUGCUUAGCAAAAUCAUGGGUAGAAUCCAAUUGUUGAAAACCCCUCUUUUUUUGCUUAUUUGAGGGUUUCAUAUAAUUUGAUAUUUUGUGUUAGUCAAUUAAGGAGAAUUUCCCCUUUCUCUCGUGUUCUGCAUCUGCUUUCUUCUACUUAAUUGGAUAUAGGUUUUAGUUUGGGGGUAGUAUUGAAUUCGAUUUCUGAAUUGGGGAUGAGGGAGCUAAGCAUUGAGUCAUUUUAUGCACGGCUAAGACAGUCAGCUAUAGCCUCAGCUUCAUCCGCCCCUCUUCUAAUCUUCCCCUCAACCUCAGAUGCUGAUUCACUAUGUGCGUUGAAAAUCAUAGGGCAUGUUCUUGAAUCUGAUUCAAUUAGGUAUGCCUGUUACCCGGUUUCUAGUUUCAAGGAAAUCCACAAGUAUGCAGGGCCAAAUCUUAGUUCAUCCGCGAAUGAGCCCAUAACCAUCUUGUUGAUUAAUUGGGGUUGCCAUAGGGAUCUUAGGAGGGACCUGCAGAUCGGUCCCUUAGCUCGAGUUUUCGUUGUUGACAGUCAUAGGCCGAUCCAUUUGCAUAAUUUGAGUGACCAGAAUGACUGUGUGGUGGUGCUUUACACGAAGGAUGAUGAGAACCAGGCCGAUCUUGUUUAUGAUUUCGAUGUGUCCACUGUUGCGAAUGCGAGUGAAUUGAACAGUGACGGUGAGGUUGAGGAAGAUUCGGAGAGUGAAGAUGAAAAUGAUAGUGAUGUUGAGGAGGGUGGGGAAGUAGGUAGAAAGAGGAGGAGAGAUUCUGAAAAUGAGGGGAAUCCUGAUAAGUUGUUUAAAAAGUUGAAGAGAGACUAUUACUAUAUGGGAACGUACCAUGGGAAGCCGUCAGGAUGCUUGAUGUAUGAGCUGUCACAUUCUCUAAGGAAGAACAAGAAUGAGUUACUCUGGUUGGCUUGUGUGGCUUUAACUGAUCAGUUCGUACACGAGAGGUUAACUGAAGAGAGAUACCAGGCGGGGGUUAUGGAACUCGAGCAGCAUAUUAACAGCUCAGGAAACUUGGAUGCUAUUACAUCAGUCACACUCAAGGAUGGCACAAAGGUUACUGUGCCCGAUUCUUCCAGAAUCGCUUAUGAGGACGAGCCUAGGUUGAUGUUAUUGCAAGAGUGGAACUUGUUCGACUCAAUGCUGUGCUCAUCGUAUGUGGCAACUAAACUGAAGACUUGGAGUGACCCCGGGUUGAAAAAUAUGCAGCUUCUUUUGGCUCGGAUGGGUUUUGCAAGAGAAGAAUGCAAACAGAAAUACCAAUACAUGAGUGUGGAGAUCAAACACAGAAUGAAAGAUAUGUUUCAAAAGUUCCUACCCGAGAUUGGACUCAGGGAUUUCUACUAUAGAGGUUUCCUGCUGUUGCACGGGUAUAGCUCGAAAGUCUCUGCUGCAGAUGUGGUGUAUGGGGUUACUGCUCUUCUAGAGUCGUUCGUGGAGGCAGAUGGAUCUUCUGGCUCGAAACAGUUUGGUGUGGCGUAUGAUGCGUUGUCCCUCAACAAUGUCGAGAAGCUGGAACUGGGAAUGAGGCAGGCUAUCAAGGUGCAACGGGCUGUUCUCAGACAAGGAAGCACAGCCAUAACGAAGAAGGGGUCGAUAAGGAGUGGGAGUAAGUUCAGAUGGGUGAAACUCGAAGACACUGCUGAUGCAAAACUCUUAUGUCACCCUCAGGCUCUAACUAAAUUCGGGUUCUUCCUGAUGGAUGCUCUACGCGAGAAGGGAGCAAGGAUGAAGCCUCUGAUAUGCGUUUGCUACACUGAGGAACAGAGGAAAGUGCUGAUUGUUGGCAUAUGUGGGAAGCCACGCCUUGGCGCACGAAAUGGAAAUGCGUUUGGGAUUGCCUUCAGAAGCGCGGCUGAUGAGACCAGAGCUGAGUACUUUCAUGAGCUCUUUGAGUCGUCGUGGAUAGUCUUGGAGGCGGCUGCAGUAAAUUCAUUCAUGAUCAGGUUAACUGAGAAACUGUUGUGAUAUGUGAUCAUCUUUUCAUAUUUGUAUCUCUUUCACUUAACUGAGAUUCUGUUAUUCAUAGAUGUCUUUUUUUUGCAUUCUAAUAGACUAAUGCUUUGUUAACUUCUUGCAUGUAACAUUAUCACCAUUCAAUAACUAGAUUGAAUACUUCCAAGAUUAUAGUUUCUUCUUUGAAAACAACUCCAACAUUGGAUAGUAGCAAAUGGGAUGGGA